AUGUCCGACCCUUCGCGCGCUUCCGUACCCCCAGAAGACUGGGAUCGCUCAGAAACAGACAUGCAACGCACUAGGUCAUCCCACAUUGUUUUUCCCUCUCAUGGAUCUGAAGCCUCAAAUGGAGGUGCCUUGCAUGAAGGAGCUCGUGGUGGUGGUAAGCGGACGUUGAGCGAGCUGUUGAAGCUACACGCCGAGAAAGGGACAGACGUAAAUUUCAGCCCGGAGGAAGCAGCUAGAGUCGCCGACGUCCUCAAUCAAUGGAUCAACUCAGAGUCAUCCCCAUACGAAGGCGAUGACGAUUUUUUCGCUCACACACAAGAUGACCUAUCGAUAACGCGCCGUUCCUCUGCACUAGAUGCGUCUGGUCGCCCGCGAGGUCAGAGCGAGAGCGUGAUUGGAAAAUCAUAA